GGUGGAUGGACAGCUAACAGGUAACCAAGGUGACCAAGCUGCUAUAAGGAAGUUCCCACAAAUCUCUCUUGUGCCAGUUAUUGUCCCGUCAAGACAUCUUGGUGUAUCUGAGCAUCUUGUCAGCUUGCUGGCACUCCAAGAAUGACACCAAAAAAUAUUCUGUCAUUUGAGGCGGAAGCUGGUCAUCCUUGUGGCAUCACUGUGGCUGCUUUUCUUACUCUGCAGCCAACUCUGGAAUAUCAGCUCCACCACCAAGUAUGACUGGUUGGACUACACGGACGACAAUGAUGUCGCUAACCCGGAGAAGGUUUGCAACUUCACAGCCAUCCUGCAGGGAGAGCAGGAUGAGCUGGACCGAGCCAAGAUACUCACCAUGACUAAGGACUUCCGCAAGAAGGUCCACAUCCCUGAUGAGUUUUACAUCAACGCUACGAAAGACUGCAAGAAGUUCAGGUCAAGCAGGAAAUAUUUACCAUUCCCGUUAAGCCAGGAAGAGGAGGACUUCCCCCUGGCUUACUCCAUGGUGGUCCAUCACAAGGUGCAGAAUUUUGAGCGUCUGCUGCGAGCCAUCUACACGCCUCAAAACAUCUACUGCGUCCACGUGGACAACAAAGCCCCAGCGUCUGUCCGAUCAGCCAUCAGGUCUAUUGUCUCCUGCUUCCCAAACGUCUUCCUGGCGAGCCGCUUAGAGACCGUGGUCUAUGCCAGUUGGUCCCGUGUCCAGGCCGACCUCAACUGCAUGGCCGACCUUUUGAAGGCCAGCGUCACAUGGAAGUACUUCAUCAACCUGUGUGGACAGGACUUUCCUCUCAAGACCAACUUGGAGAUGGUGCGGGCCCUCCGCUCUCUGGACGGAGCCAACAGCUUGGGGUCCGAGAAGAUGCCCAAGAAUAAGAUGUGGAGGUGGAAGAGCGUUCACCACAUAGUUGAUGGACAUAUCAAGAGAGUGGGAAAGCCAAAGGAGCCACCACCCUUCAACCUCCCAAUUUUUUCUGGAAACACCUAUAUUCUGGUCACCCGAGCUUACGUUGGUAGCGUCCUGGAGGACAAACGCAUCCAGGCACUCAUGGACUGGGCCAAGGACACGUACUCGCCUGAUGAGUUCCUGUGGGCGACCAUUCAAAGGAUGCCCGGCAUCCCCGGCUCCACGUGGCUCCACCCCAAAUAUGACCUCAGCGACAUGAACGCCUUAGCGCGGCUCUGCAAGUGGGAGUGGCACGAGGGCGUACGGGCCUCUCUGGAUGCCGUGUACCCCAAGUGUCAUGGCACCCAUGUGAGAAACAUAUGUAUUUAUGGGGCCGGAGACUUGCAGUGGAUGCUGAAGCAGCAUCACCUCUUUGCCAACAAGUUUGACAUCGACUUUGACGCUGUGGUUGUUUACUGUUUGGAAAAAUACCUGAGGCAAAAAGCUCUGGCUGCCUUAGAGUAGAUGGAAGUGGACUUUUUCUUUCUCCGAAUAGGGCUGUCCCGAUACAACUAUUUCGAUUCCAAUACCUUAGUGUUGGAGAUGAAAUUCUCCACAACCUACUAAAGGUCAAAGGACCACUUUGAAAAAUUAAUUAAGCCAAUUUGACCUCCCCUUACUGUUUGUUCAUCUCCAGUUAGGAGAAGGAAAGAAGACUCACACACCAAAUUAGAUUUACAAAACGUAUUGAAAAAUAAGUCAGACAGAAUAAUUUUACAGCUACGGAGCUCCGAACCCCGUUACAUGCACCAGUUCCCUGCGCCUCCAGCUGAAUGAGAAAGAGUGUUCCGAUACCUGUACGGGACUUCUGACUAACAAUUUUAGUCUGUUUUGCCUAGCACCUAGAACGCUUACUGGGAUCAGGUGGUUUCUUCACUGACAUUGAGAUGAAUCCGCCGUAUUUAACAAAUCCCCCUUUGUAGUCAGACUUCCCCACAGCAGCCAUUCUCGAGUGUACGGACAUGCCUAACUAAUCUAGCUUUGCCAUUUUACUAUUUUCGUUUACUUCUAAUUCAUGCUAACAAGGGUGCAAUAUGUAUUUACAAAAUAAGACGUGACAAGUCAACCUCGCACCACUCUGUCCAACUCCCACGGUCUUUCCCCCACAAAGGCCUGUUGUUUGGUGCCACUGACGCAGCUUGUCUGCUCACGCAGAGUUUGAAAAACAUGUUAGCACAUCAGGACAGUGUUUCAGAAGACAAUCUCUGUGAUUUUUUAUACAAAGCCUUUUUUUUCAUGGUCAACACUAUAAACAUACAUGUCACCCAUAUGUGUAUGAUAGAACAUUUGUCACUUGCCAGUUUGCAUGCUUACAUUUCUAUGAGAUAAGGGAAGCAGAGUACAGUAUCUCCUGAUUCAAAACAUGGGCAUGUGACACUCCUGCUGUUAUCUAAUUGUGGUACCAAAAAGUGAAAUAUCAAGUGGUUUUUCAAACAUUAGAGCAAUUUGGACUAAAUUAUUGACAUGAGUACAUAAGUGAUGCUACUCUUGUUCAUGUUUCCGUAGCUUCACACUAGGACCAACAAGAGUGAAGGCUACUGGCACGCACACACAAAAGGAUGUCAAACACUGUGCAUAUUUUGUUAAUUUUUGUUUUAUUUUCAGUUUCGGUCUAUAUCCUCAAACAAUUAACCUAGCAGAAUUACAACUCCCAGUGCCACUUUAAUUGAUAAUAUUCUUUCAGAUGAAGUUGAAAACAAUAUAAUGAGUGGAUUAAUGAUAAAUUAAAGCAAUCACCUUCCAGAUUUUACUCUUUACAAUAACGAAUGUCCAAAAAAUAAACAGUAAAAUGUUCAUUGUUUUAAAAGGGUAAAAACAGAGGAAUCUUAUUGAUGCAUUUAUAAGAUUAUGAUCCCUAGAAAUGUAUUUUCUUUCAUGCUUUCAAUAUCCACUCCGUUUAUUUGUAUUUGAUCGUACGUAUCCUUUCUGCUAUUUCCACAUAGCAUUAUUUUGUUUUACUUUGUUAAAAUGUUGUGAUUAAUUGUAUCAAAGGAUUUUGUGAGAUCCAUGAAUACUGCAACUGCACACCUUCUGUGGUCUAUAGCAUUAGUAAUUUCCUCCGUGAUUUUGAUCAGUGCCAUAGAAGUUCAAAUGUUAGCUCUGUAUCCGUAUUGACUACCUGCUAGCAAUUUGUUAUUAAAAUAACAAAAUAGUUUCUCGAUAAUUUUAGAAAAUUUAGGUAAUGAGGAAAGUGGACGGUAAUUUGUAAAUUGAUGUUUAUCUCCAUUUUUGGAACCACGUUAGCUAUUUUCAUUUUGUUCAAAAAUGUUCCAGUCUGAAAUGAUAAGUUACUGAUAUAUGUUAACGGUUCUACAAUCUCAUUGAUAAGCCUUUUUAUUGUUUCCAUUUCGAUUCCAUUACAAUCAGUUGAUGUUUUUGCCUUCAAGUUGUUGACAAUGUCAGUGGUUUCCUUUUUAGUUUAGUUCACAGUGAGAAACAUGGAAUUGAGAUCCCUAUCUAUGGUAUCAUUCCAUUUGUCCAUUGUCUGGAGUUUUAGAAUUUAUUUCUCCAGUUUUGGUCCAAUAUUUACAAAAUAGUUGUUAAAAAUUUCAAGUACCUCAUUCAUAUCAUCCUUAUUAGUGUUUCCAACCAUGAAAUAGUGAGGGUAGUCUGCUUUCUUAGUGCUGUUCCUUAUAAUACUUUUUAAGAUGCACCAAGUUGCUCUCAUGUUAUUUUUAUUCUUAUCAAGUACAUGACUAUAGUAUUCCUUCCUGCACGCUCUCAAGAUAGUUGUCAACUUAUUUUUUAUAAGUCUUAUACUUUUUUCCUGCUUCUUUAGUUUGUUGAAUAAUAAAUGUCCUGUAUAAAGUAUUCUUCUUCUUACAGGCGCUUUUUAGUCCUUUUGUCAUCCAUGGCUGGUUUUUCUUUUGCUUCUUGGACUUUUCUUGCCAGAGACAGUUGUUAUCCUAGAGCUCCGUGUAAGUGUUUAGAAAGCCAUCAUAUGCUUCAUCCACAUCUUUUACACUGUAGACACUCUCCCAUCUUGUUCUUCUAGAUCUUUCCUGAAAGCGCUGAUGCUAUCUUCUGUGCGCAGUCUUUGAAAAGUCUUUUUAGCCACCAUCUGUCUUUUAUUAUAAUGUUCAUUGUAAAUUGUAAAGACUGGAAGAUGAUCACUGAUGUCACUGUUUAACAGGCCACUAGUUGUGUUAUUGUCAAAGUCAUUGGUGAAUAUACUGCAUUAUCCAUAAGGGUGGCACAGUGGUCUGUUAUUCUGCUUGGUUUAAUAAUUUUAGGAUAUAGACUAAAACUGUACAU